GUGUAUAUGUUGUAUAUGUUUCAGUGACAAUAAUUAGAUUUAAUGAUAUAAUAAUAAAAUUGGUUCCCGAACCGAGUAUGAGAGCAAAACAAUAUUAUGUUUAGGCAUCUCAUUGCAAACCGGGACGCUAUUGUAAAAUUAGACAAAUCACAGAUGUUCGAUGUUAGAUAUGUUUCAAGAAUGUGCUUCAAUUGUAUUACUCGUGCAAAUUAGUAUCUUGUCGAUACGCACGAUUGAAAUUCCUAUUUAUAAUAUUCGAGAAAAACUACAUUCCCUCCUAGCAAGCUUAGAAAAGAAUCAGAAAAAAUAUUGUUUAUUUAACAACAGCUGGCUGAGCUGCAAUGCUCUGCAUAAUUUCUACGAUAUAAUUGACAUUUUGUAUAAAAAAAGGAAUAUUGGAGAAAAGAUUUUAAAUCAUUAUAAUGCAAGACCGUAUAACAGAGUUCGCAACGAUGUCAAGCCGCCUCUGUCCGAGGUCCAACCGGUAUUCAGAAGGUUUUACUCGGCGAGUCCUAACACAAUGUUUAAUAAUUUAAGGUCAUUGCCGGACUGGUAUACCCCAAUACCUGGUAAGACUUUUCCUAUGCAUAGCCCUGGAGCAACUCAACUAACGCCGAAACCUGAAAUGAGGCUCAACUUUAACACUCCCUGGAAUGCACCUCAGCAGCACCCCACUAGAUCUCUCGGGUGGAGUACAACAGCGCUACCUAUACUUGUUAGCAGUCCGAGUAUUGUGCCACACAGUCAAUCGCCAGUAAAGCCGCCAGCAACGACGGCUGCUACUGCUGCUUCACAACAAGUUAUUGCACAUAAAAAUAUGUCCGCCAUCGACAAAUUUACAGAACGCCUAGACCUCUUUGAGCGACAAUUUUAUAAGAUCACGUUUGCGAAGCUCACAAGCAUAAGUCCAGCAGACCGACAAGAGAAUGGGAUGAGUUUCGUACAAUCCGGCUUCUUUCUACUAUUAACUCUGAUGGUGCUCUCGAAAGAAGUCGACCCUGCUACCAGAGCUGAAAUAGACCAAUGCAUUGGAUUCAAAAUUACCGAUAUGGAAAGGGUUGACUUAGUAAAACGUCUGAUAUCAACGUUGCCAAGUACAUCGGACACGCUCACGGUGCGGCACGCCUCGCGCCUGAUGCUGUGGCCAGGCAGACACGAGCCGCGCUUCCAAGACGGCGCCGCCGCAGCACUGAUGCUGAACGUAGAGCACUUCAACGGCACUGAGACUUCAGAUGCCAUCGCCACCAUCCUCAAUAAAAAAGUGGAAUUAGACUCCGGAGGUGCGAUACACGAUACCUUUGACGAAGGUGAUGUAUCGGGAGGUAUGGUCGCGGUAUUUAUGACCACGCUGUACAUGCGCGGGCGCUGGCGAGCCUCGCCCACUGUCCUCAACGGUACGCAGCCUUUCCACGACGCAGACGACGCCCCCCAACGCACAGUACGCAUGAUCAGGAUCAACGACAUCAUGAAAUAUGCGGACCUACAGGAUUGGGAUGCUCAGGCCUUAGAGAUUUCUUACGCUACACCAGGUCUCACCCUCCUUAUGCUGGUGCCUCGAAGUAACUCGUUGAAGAAGCUGGCGCAGCACGUCAGUGACACGAGCAUCGCGAAUAUUAUGUCCAAGAUGAAGACAAUGAGGGUGGCCGCUACUAUACCCAUCUACACUCUUCGGAUGACCUUACUACUGCCUAACAAAUUGCAGGCAAUGGGAAUGCCUCGACUAGUGGACGUGGGCAACGUGACGGGUACACCCUCUCUGAGACUGUCGCAUGCCGUGCAGCGUGUCAUGUUCUGGGCUGAAGCGGGACGAGACGCGUAUAAAGAUGACGGCAUCGAGUGGGACCAAAAACCAGAAUUGGAAGUAAUAGCAAACCGGCCCUAUAUAUUCUUUGUACGUUGGCGCAACGUGACCCUUAUGAAUGGAAAUUUUGUAUUGUAAAAUCAAAAGAUUAAUAUAUUUUUUAAACAUAA